AUGAAGCCCAUCUCCAUCCUCAUGGCCUUCGCCUCCACCGGCGCCUUCGCAUCAGCAAUUAAUUUCCCCAACCUCCAAGACCGCGCCAUUGAUCCCGCAACCAUGAACCCAACAUUGCUCUCGGUCUUGUCAGUGCUCAAAACAGCUAUGCCCACGGGCCCCAACGCCCCCAUGCCAACAGGAGAUAUGGAGCCGAAUUGGUACCAGAAAUUACCCGGAGACGUCAAGAGUCUGUUGCCGGAGCUGUAUCCCGCUGCUGCGGUUGCGACGUCGGAAGCGGGCGCGGGGGUUUCGGCGUCAACAAUCACCGAUGUAGUGUCGCCUUCGUCAUCCGAAUUAUACUCGGAGAGCGCUUCGCCGACAGCGUCUUCUGCAACUCUAGCCAGCGCUUCAGCUACGCCAUCGAACUCACCGUCUACUGGCAACAGAUUCGUGGUCAGGACAGAGACACUGGCCGCAAUCGCCAUGUUCAGUGUUGGAGCCGGAUUCUGCAUCUUUGCAUAG